AUGUCACGCCCUCGGGAAACGCGCGAGUUCCACGGAAAGAAAUACGUUCUCGAGGAAGCAAUCUUCGCCGAUGUCGCUUUGGUCAAAGUCCAUAAAGCGGAUAGACUGGGCAACUGCACAUUCCGUAAAGCACAGAACAACUUCAAUGAGGCUAUGGCUAAGAACGCCAAGUUGACGAUUGUUGAGGCUGAUGAGAUCGUGGAAGUCGGACAAUUGGAUCCUGAGAGUGUUCAUAUUCAAGGCAUUUAUGUCGAUGUUAUCAUCCAAAGUACGAGGCCGAAGAAGAUUGAGAAGUUGACGUUUGCUCAGGAUGCCAAGAGUGAAGGCAAAGUUACGAUUGCCAACCAAAGACGAGAACGUAUCAUCAAGCGAGCUUCGAAGGAGCUGAAAGAUGGCAUGUAUGUCAACCUCGGUAUCGGCAUGCCACUCGCGACACCAGGCAUGCUUCCAGAUGACUUGGAAGUCAUUCUUCAAUCCGAGAAUGGUAUCCUGGGGAUGGGGCGAUAUCCAAAGCCUGGGGAGGAGGAUCCAGACCUCAUCAAUCCUGGAAAAGAAACAGUGACGUUAAACCCUGGUGCUUCGACGUUCGGGAGCCAUGAGAGUUUUGGUAUGAUUAGAGCUGGGAAGAUCGACUUGACUAUGCUCGGUGCGCUGCAAGUCAGUCAAUAUGGAGACUUGGCCAAUUUUAUGCUGCCCGGAAAGGUCAAGGGGAUCGGUGGGGCAAUGGACCUCGUGGCAAGUCCGGAGAAGACAAAGGUGAUAAUCACCAUGGAACAUGUUGACCGUAAUGGAAAUCCAAAGAUCCUGGAAGCUGUCUUUGACUGUACACCUGAGGGUCUCGUACUCAGAGAGCUGGUGGAUGAGGUUGAGAUGGAUGAGCUCAAGAGCAAAACGGGCGCGUCAUUCAGGAUCGCUGAUGACUUGAUACCAUACCAGACUUAG